AUGGUAAUGGAGGUGGAUGAACCAGCCGGCACCUCCAUGGACACUUCUGAACCUCUUGAACCAGCAAUAGAAUGGAGAUUCAGCCAGGUGAAAGGAAAUAUCGAAGGGGAUGAUACCCACACCGAAGCUGAUGUCAUAUCGUGCGUAGAGUUUUCGCAUGACGGUGAAUAUUUGGCAACUGGUGACAAAGGCGGCCGCGUGGUCAUUUUUCAAAGAGAUCAGAGUGGGAAGUAUGUGAAUGGUGCACGAUCGCGGGAAUACAACGUAUAUUCGACUUUUCAAUCACACGAACCAGAAUUCGAUUAUUUGAAAUCACUUGAGAUCGAGGAAAAAAUUAACCAAAUCAAAUGGUUAAAGAAGAAAAAUGCGGCGAAUUUUAUCCUCUCAACGAAUGAUAAAACGGUGAAAUUGUGGAAGAUUAGCGAACGCGAGAGGAAGGUAGCCGAUGAUUCGUGGAAUAUCCGACGCGGACAAUUCGUUGGCAGCCUACAGAUUCCAAGCAUAGUGCCAAUGGAAUUGAUUGUGGAAGCCAGUCCAAGGCGAGUAUACGGAAAUGCUCAUACAUAUCAUAUCAAUAGCAUAUCAGUCAAUUCUGACCAGGAAACAUUUCUUUCCGCAGAUGAUUUGCGAAUUAAUUUAUGGCAUCACGAGAUAACGAAUGAAUCUUUUAAUAUUGUUGAUAUAAAGCCAACAAAUAUGGAAGAGCUAACCGAGGUCAUAACUGCAGCCGAAUUUCAUCCCCACCAAUGUAAUUGGUUCGUCUAUUCAUCGAGUAAAGGAUCUAUUCGCCUUUGCGAUAUGAGAGAUCGUGCUCUUUGUGACGCUCACGCUAAAAUCUUUGAAGAGGCGGAGGAUCCCAGUUCCAGAUCAUUCUUUUCCGAAAUAAUCGCUAGCGUCAGUGAUAUUAAAUUUUCGCAUAAUGGUCGGUAUCUUCUCACCCGAGACUAUUUGACAGUCAAGGUAUGGGAUAUUCACAUGGAGAAUCGGCCAGUCGAGACUUAUACUGUUCAUGAUCAUCUUCGCACAAAACUAUGUGCUCUUUACGAGAAUGAUUCCAUUUUUGACAAAUUCGAAUGCGGAUGGAGUGGUGACGAUCAGCAUGUGUUAACGGGUUCCUACCACAAUUUGUUCCGCACAUACGCUCGCGGAUCAUCAGAAGCGAAAAUGUGGGAGGCGCGACCGCAGGAGCCGCAUUCGUUGUUGCGAACACGACGAGUUUGUGGUGGGGCUAGUGCUCGUGCUCAAAGAGGACGCCGACCGGUAGGAGAUAAUAAUGACGAUGAGCUUGCCGCUGAUGCGCUCGAUUUCAAUCGAAAGAUCCUCCACGUUGCGUGGCAUCCAAAGGAUAAUAUAAUAGCUCUCGCUGCCACAAAUAAUCUUUACAUCUUCUCCGACAAGUAA